AUGAAUUAAGAAGGUAAAAAAUCUAUCCGAUUUUCAGAAUUAAAUGAUGAAAAAAUAAACAGUGUAAAUGAAUAUGUUGAGCAUUUGAUCUAAAUAUAAGAUGAUCCUUAACACCUCUAAUCAGUUAAGAAUUCAUUUUAAAUAUCAAAUCUACUUAAUGUUUUUGAUAAUAAAUUCAAUUUUAUAUCAAAUAAUUAUCAAGAUAACAUGAUGAGAUACUUAAUAGAAACAUAUCCAUUUUCAAAAAAUAUAAACACAGACCAAAUGUUCUCUGAAUAAUAAAGUUUUAAUAUUUUAAGGAGUCUAGAAACAAAUUAUAUAAAAGAGUUUGUUAAAAUAGUAAAAAAGAAAUAGAAUCUAAAUGAAAAACAAUAAAACUUUGAAAAUAGUUAAACAUACAGAGUUCAAUAAAAAAUACUAGAAUCAUUUAUUUUUGAAAAACCAGAAUUGGAAAAUACCUUAAAACAAUUUCCUAUCUUUGAUUUAUUAUUGUUAAAAGGGAAGAAUAUCUUGAAUGAAUUAUAAUUUUAGAAAAGCAAUAUAAAUGAUGGAAACUAGCGAAUAGAAAUAGUUAAAAAUAUGAAUAACUAAUUUGAAAUUUCUAUAAAUGAAACAAACUACUAAGGGAGUAAAAAAGAUUGGCCUACUAAUUGCAUUUCUUAGAUAUUGGAAAGAGAUAAAAAAUACAUAUUUAGGAUUUAAUUUCAAAAGGGAUUUAGUAGUAUAUUUGUGAUAGGAUUGAUGAAAAAUGAUAAUUUCAAUAGCAAUUAAGGAUGUAAUGAUAAAAUGAGCUACUAUUUUAAAUUAGAAAAUAAUAAGAUGAAAUACUAUGGAUAGUAUGGAAUUGAUAAAUUUGUAAAAGGAGAUAAGACAUAAUUGCUAGAUGAAAAUAGUAUUUUAGAGUUGAGAGUUUGGUUAGAAGGAUAGUAAGUUGAGGUAUUAAAUUACCCAGAUUAUUCCUAUUAAGUUGAAAUCUAAGAUGGAUAUAAAUAAAAUCUAUCAUAAAAAGAUCUAAGUUUAUAUUUCUAUUUAGGUGGGCACUAAGAUAAAUAUAUCUUAAAAGAAGCAUUAAUAGUUGAGUAAUUUUGA